AUGGCAUCCGCGACGACGACCUCGAUCGAGCUGCCCAAUGGCAACGGUCAUGGCCCUGUCCAGACCACGGCGAAUGGCACGCCAGCACUUCCCAAUCGCCUCCCAGCCAAGGCGAAAUACCAGAAAGAUGUACGAUCUUCAAAGAAGUACAAGCACACAUUCGCAGUACACUCCAACGGCCGGGCAUCUCUGUAUAGUGGAGAUGCCACCACCGCACCCUCAUUCCUUGGCUUUAGGAAUCUCAUGGGAUUGGUGAUUGUCAUCUCCAAUGUUCGUCUGAUGAUGGACAACUUCAAGAAGUAUGGGAUACUAGUCACACUAUCUGGUUCGAAAGUCGCGGAGACGGACUGGCACUGGUUCUGGAUACUGUAUGCAUUGGAGCCAUGCCACUUGUUCAUUGCAUACUCGAUCGAGCUGGCUGCAUCCAAAUAUGCCAUUGCCUCUGUUGCAAGAAAGAAGAGACAGGAGAAUGGUAGUGUACACAAUAGACAAGACGGUGAGAUGAAAUCUGCCGAAAGAAAAAGGUCAAAGGCCUGGUUCUCGACCUGGAAAGUGAUAGCUUGGUGUCACGCGGUGAACGCGACGUUCAUGCUGGCUUUCGCAACACACGCCGUAUACUACUGGAUACACAACCCUGGCCUCGGGGUCAUCACUGAGCUGCACGCUGUAGUGGUUUGGCUUAAAGUCUGCUCAUAUGCGUUCACGAAUCGUGACCUGCGACACGCCUAUGUUCGGCAAGAUCUGGACGAGGACGAGCUACCAGCGCUGUACAAAGAGUGUCCUUACCCUCGCAACAUCAGCAUGAAGAAUCUCUGCUACUUUUGGUGGGCGCCAACUUUGGUCUAUCAACCGGUUUACCCUCGCUCUCCUAAGCGACGCUGGGACUUUAUCGCCCGACGUCUCUUCGAGUUCUUCUUGCUAUGUGUGAUAAUCUGGCUCGCGUGCGCUCAGUAUGCGGUCCCUUUACUCCAAAACAGCUUGGACGACAUUUCGAAACUCCACGGCUUCAACAUCCUUGAGCGAGUCAUGAAGCUGAGCACCAUCAGUCUGGUCUGUUGGCUGGCGGGAUUCUUCGCGCUCUUCCAAUCAUUCCUCAAUGCUCUUGCAGAGAUUAUGCGAUUCGGCGACAGGGAGUUUUAUGGCGACUGGUGGAACAGUUCGGAUGUUCGAUCAUACUGGACUAGCUGGAAUAAGCCCGUCACCCACUUCAUGAAGCGUCACAUCUACUCUCCCAUGGUCGGCCGCGGAGUCCCUCCAGUCGUAGCUCAGAUACUAACGUUUACCUUUUCGGGCAUUCUCCACGAAGCUCUUGUCGGCGUGCCCACACACAACAUUCUUGGUGUGGCAUUCUGGGGCAUGCUCGGGCAGAUUCCGCUGAUCAUCUUGACGGAUUUGAUGAAGAGAUGGGGAGGCAAUGGUCACCACGCGACUCUGGCUGGCAAUCUGACGUUUUGGCUGAGUUUUUGUAUAUUCGGACAGCCGUUGGCGGCGCUGGCGUACUUCUUCGCGUGGCAGGCCAAGUAUGGUCAGGCUGGGCAAAGGCCGGAAUGGCCUGAGUUGGGGUUGAAGCUCAAUGCGACCAUGACAUAG